AUGCUUCAUCACGAGUUGGCGGUGAGCGCGAGCCACGGUCCCGGUCCGGUUCCGGUGAUCCUGAAGACGGAGUCGCGCGACAGCUGGGGUAAAAAGGGCGACUUUCUGCUCUCGGUCAUCGGCUUUGCUGUGGAUCUGGGCAACGUCUGGAGAUUCCCCUACAUCUGCUACCAGAACGGCGGUGGAGCAUUUCUCAUCCCGUACACCCUCAUGGCUAUAUUUGGAGGUGUACCACUCUUCUACAUGGAGCUGGCUCUGGGACAGUUCCACCGCACAGGUGCCAUCUCUCUAUGGAAACACAUUUGCCCAAUUUUUAAAGGUAUUGGUUUUGCCAUCUGCAUCAUCGCACUAUACGUCUCGUUCUACUACAACACCAUCAUCGCGUGGGCAUUGUUCUACUUCUACUCCUCGUUCAGUAGCACUCUGCCGUGGACGAACUGUGACAAUGCAUGGAACACAGAAAACUGCACCGACUACUUUGGCAAGGACAAUGUGACAUGGACUAACUACUCACGCUCACCGGCCGAGGAGUUUUAUACGAGGAACGUGUUGGAGCUACACGAGGCAGAUGGUUUGGAGGACGUCGGAGUGAUCCGCUGGCAGCUGAUGCUCUGCCUGUUCCUCAUCUUCACUAUCGUCUAUUUCAGCCUGUGGAAAGGAGUCAAAACGUCAGGCAAAGUGGUUUGGAUCACAGCCACUCUUCCCUACGUGGUGUUGUUUAUUUUGUUGAUUCGAGGUGCAACAUUACCUGGAGCCUGGAGGGGUGUCGUCUUCUACCUGCAGCCUAAAUGGGAGAAACUUAAAGAUACAAGUGUUUGGGUGGACGCAGCGGCUCAGAUCUUCUUCUCCCUUGGACCAGGGUUUGGUGUUCUGCUCGCUUUAUCCAGCUACAACCCGUUCAACAACAACUGCUACAGAGACGCCAUCGUGACGAGUUUGGUAAACUGCUUCACCAGCUUCAUGUCUGGUUUUGUGAUUUUUACUGUUCUGGGCUACAUGGCCGAGCAGAGACACGUUACUGUGGAAGAUGUAGCCAGAAACAAGGGCCCGAGUCUUCUGUUCAUCACUUACCCAGAAGCCAUUGCCAACAUGAUGGGCUCUACAUUUUUCUCCAUCAUCUUCUUUGCGAUGAUAAUCACGCUGGGUUUGGACAGCACGUUUGGAGGUCUGGAAGCCAUCAUUACUGCUAUUAUGGAUGAGUACCCAGAGUUUCUGUCCCAAAGGAGAGAGGUGUUCGUGCUGGGCCUGGUGACCGUCUGCUUUUUGGGUUCUCUGGGCACACUUACUAAAGGUGGUGCGUAUGUAGUAAAACUACUUGAAGAGUAUGGAGUCGGAUCCUCCAUCAUAGCUAUCGUGUUUUUGGAAGCUACCGCAGUCUCAUGGUUUUAUGGCAUCAACAGAUUCAGCAAUGAUGUCAAAGCCAUGCUAGGAUUCAUGCCCGGUCUCUUUUGGAGGUUUUGUUGGGUAGCCAUCAGCCCGGCUUUUCUAGCGUAUAUCAUCAUCAGCUCUCUGCUGAAUCCGGGCUCGCUGGUGAUGUUUGACUACAAGUUCCCUGACUGGAGCAUCACGGUGGGUUACAUCAUCGGAUUCUCGUCUUUCAUGUGGAUCCCUAUCUACAUGGUGUAUAAGCUGGUGUGGACGCCUGGAUCUCUCAAACAGCGUCUAGCUGUGUGCCUGCGGCCCGAACGGACACUGCCGGACAUUCACGCGGACACACUGGGUUUGAGUCCGAUACCCUAAAUUCAG